AUGGCCCCCUCACAGGCCUACAAGGCCUACCGCAUCCCCCAGCCCGGCGAGCUCGCCGCCCUCUCCCCCUCCCUCGUCGUCACCCCGCACUACCCGCCCAACCAAGACACCAUCACCGCCGUCCUCAUCCUCUUCCACGGCCUCGGCGACUCGGACUCCUCCUUCGCCUCCUUCGCCCGCGGCAUGAACCUGCCGGGCGUCCUCGCCCUGACCGUCCGCGGCACCAGCCCCUUACCCCCGGGCCUCUUCACCACCGCCUCCUCCUCCUCCCAGCACUUCCACUGGGGCGACGACCUCCACAUCUCCCCGCGCACCGGCGACCUCGACCCAGACCCGGGCUUCGCCAAGGCCGCCGACCUCGUCCUGCACCGCCUCGUCGCCGACCUGCUCGUCGGCCAGUGCUCCUGGUCCGCCGCCGACAUCCUGCUCUUCGGCUACGGCCAGGGCGGCUCUCUGGCCCUCGGCCUGGCGUCGCAGGUCAGGAUGCCGCCCCGGGUGCAGGAUAUCACUGCCGGCGAAGAGCCAUCAUCAUCGUCAUCGUCAUCGUCGGGAACUCUGGGCACGGCCUUUCGGGGUGUAGUCUCCAUCGGCGGCCCGCUGCCCCAGAGCAUGGUGCCCACGGUGAGCACCAGGUCCAAGUCCGAGACGCCCGUCCUGCUCUGUCACGGAAGCCGGAGCGAAGCCGUGGAUGAGGAUGCCGUGGACGAAAUCAAGGCAGAGUUCGCCAAGGUCACCGUCACCAAGUGGAGUAAGCCGCAGGACAGCAUGCCGAGCAACCGGGAAGAGAUGCUGCCCAUCAUGCAGUUCUUCGCCGAGAGGUUACGAGACGGCUGGGCUCCUGGGCAGUAA